AAUAUCUAACCGUGUGUUGUAAAUGAUGGACGAAGCUCAAGAAGAUUUAUUGGAACACGAAGACAUCAGCCAGAAGCCGUUGUCACCACCUUACAAUAUUCCUCGUCUUCGAUCUACUCGGCUGCACAUACAGAGAAGCAAUGUUUGCUCUCGGGCUUAUUUCGUGGUGGUCAUGGUCUUCUUCCAUGUUUACAUCUUGAAUGUCAUCGCCCUACUACUCUACGUGCACUACAACAACGGCCCCGGGGAUUUAGUAAGUGGAGACGGGGCGUCCCCUGCUCCAGUCAUCAACACGGACAGGCGCUUGCCCCAACCUGCUCCAUCAGGGAGAGAGUUACAUGUGGAGGAAUACAGUCAGAGUUUCAGCCUACAUCGUAUGGAGGGGAUACGAGUUGGACAUGUUCAACAUGUGUCUGUAGUACCGGACAGAACACACGAGAUGAGAACACUCAGUCUGAAACCUUUGCUGUUUGAGAUUCCUGGUUUCCUAUCGGAGGAGGAGUGCCGUGUGGUGGUACAGCUGGCCCAGCUCAAAGGUCUGAUGGACAGCCAGGCAGCAACACCUAGCCAAGAUCAAACACAGUUAAACCAGCCACUGCUUUCUCUGAGCACGGAAGAGGUCUUCAGUCUGUUGGACCUGAACCAAGACGGGUUUCUUCAGAAGCAGGAGAUUGUGAGUCAUUCUCGUUCUCGAGAUGGGACGUGGUUAAGCCCUGAUAACUUACGGCAAAUACUGACUGGCCUGGAAGCCUCUCCAACAGGAAUACUGACGCUCGGAGAGUUUCGGCGCAUUUAUGAUGUGUCCCAGCGUCCACGGCAACAGCGAAGCGGGAGCCUGCACAGUCACUUUAAGCAGAGAAACAGACAUACAUGGCUCUUUCAGGGGCUGGGAUCUCACCGUGUUCUGCAAACCCUCAGGAAAAGAGUAAUCGCUCUGACUCGUCUGCCCUCUGCACUUCUGGAACUAAGUGAGCCACUGCAGGUCUCCCGCUACGAGCACGGAGACUUCACCAACGCUCACUACGAUAGCAGCUCGUCUCAGUCAGAGACCACGUGUGCACACACACGGCUGGCAGGAAACACGUCUGCUCUCACAGAGGUCUCCUGCAGGUAUUUGACGGUGUUAUUUUAUCUCAGCUCUGUUGAGGACGGUGGUGAAAGUACCUUUCCUGUGGCGGACAAUCGUACUUACAAUGAGCAGGCUUUGGUCCAGGAUGGAGUUGAUUUGACGGACACUCAACAGGCUUGUGGCAAAGGGAACCUGAGACUGACCCCAACUGCUGGAACAGCUCUCCUCUGGUAUAAUCAUCUCUCUGAUGGCAGAGGUUGGAUGGGCGAGUUAGACGAGUAUUCCCUGCAUGGUGAUUGUCCAGUCAAGCGAGGAGUAAAGUGGGUGGCCAACAGCUGGGUGAAUGUGGACCCUGAUCACCAGCAGCAGGCUCGCUACCAGAGACUAGUUGCUCAAAGGCAUCAAGCCAAGUCUGGUAUGGAUGAGCACUACCAGUCUCUGUCACACAGCGACCUCCACCUGGAUCUAUAGCCAGGCUGUGAAACAAACAUGACACCAAAACAUUGCUUUGGAAAUGGAGUCAUUCCGUCUAGUGAGGUCUGACUGACAUUUACACAACAUCAGAUGACGAGGAGGACUUUGCAAAAGUAAGGAGCAGCCCGCAUUAUUUUAUAGAUGUGGCUAAAAAGGACCCAGACGUUGAGGUAAUUUUAAAAUUACAGCAUUUGUACACUAAAAAGUCAGUCCCAAAGAGCUGAAAACUUACAUAACACUGAGAUCAGCUGCUACAUAAUGCAUAUGUGUUCCAGUUUUCUAUGCCUUUGCUCAAUUUGUUUCUAUUUCCUAAAGCUGUGAUCAGCAGACGCUAAUCAUCUGCUUUAAGUCAUAUCAUAAUCCUCGUUUCUUCAUCACUUGGCCAGUUUCUUCAGAUUGUUUUAAAGCCACAACAUACUAAGUGAGGUUAUGCAAUAAUUUAGCCAAGAUCAGUUUUUGUUAGAUUUUUAUUUUUUUUUACUUUUAACAGCAAAAGACAGUUUAUUAUUGGUUCUCAGUCAAAUUGUUUGUGUAGGCGCAGCACUAGAUUUAGUAUGAAUCAUUUGUUCUUUAAUGAUUCAUAGGUUAAUGUGUAUGGAUUACCGAGCUGAAAAGACAUUCCUUUGACACAUUUUAAGUAUAAAAAUUUAACAGAAAUAUAUUUAAAUUAGUUAUUGUUAAAGAGUUGUGAAAAUCUCAAGACCACUUCAGUUUCAUAUAAGCAGGUCGGGCCUUUAAGUGCAAAAUUUAAGUGAUAAAGGCAGGCUCCAGACUUUUGCAUUGUUCUUUGUCGAGAUGAUAAUUGCACAUAACAGCAUCACAAUAUCUCUUUUCAUAAAAUAUUAUGAUUUCAAUAUUGAUGGGGCCAAUUCCCUAGAAUUUAAUUUAUAAUUUAUAAGAAACAUUAUCCAGAAAUUUAAGAGUGUAAAUGUUUCAAACCUAAACCGCACCUUAACGAUAUAUAACCGAUAUAGAGCGAUAGCUAUUUCUAAACAAAAUGAGGAGAGAUGCAAAAACAUGCAGUCAAAUAUAAGAGCUAAGCCAGCUAGUGUGCAUUUUGUUUUGGUUUGUGAGGCUUCUGCCCCUGCUUCAGGUUAUUCUUAUUUAUUUUCUUAUUUAUUGCUUUGAAAGUGAAGCCUUUUGUUAGAAGUUAACACAAUGUUCAUCUGUGAAUGUGUUUCCUGAGGGAAAAUGUUUCUCAGAUCUUUUCUUUUAGCUCUGUUCUUCAUAUCUAUGUCCAGAGUUACUGAUCUGUUGCACUGAAGUGUUAUUUAAUAAGACUUUGUCGUCAUCCUGUGAAACCAAGAGUCAGGAUUAAAAUGGGCUGGACAGAAUAAUACACAGACAGUCCUUCAGGUAAAAGACAAAUGUACGUCUUUGAUAUGUUUUGCUGAGUGUUUUUUUUCCCCCACACACAAAUAAUAUAUUUAUUGUCUCAGACUAUUUAUUUAUUUAUUACCACAAAUUAGUAAUUUUAUUUAAAGACAUGGGUAUUUAUAAAUGGUUGACAUUGCACCCAAUCUGUAAGUGUGCACAUUGUACUUGUGUGUGUUGAGAUGUUAACUGUAUAAAGCUGUGUUUUAUUAA